UGAAAGUGUGAUAUUAAUUUGAUCAACUUAAACAAUCUAUUGUGAACGUGUGACGUUAGUUUAAUGCACUUAUACUAGCUAUAGAUUUCGAAAUUUUGGCUGUACAUUUAGUGUUAUCAUUAAUGAACCACCGAUGUAAUCUCUAAGUUCAAUCGAUUGAUUGGCUUCGAUAAGUUGAUAUCUCUAGUUGCACUAAGUUGGACACAGACUCAUUGUUUUACUUGUGCAACUGCAACAUGAACCUGUUCAUUUUUCUAAGCUUGUGUUGUGUCUUGUCAACACCUACUAUAGGUACCAUAAUAAACCUGACUGCCAACCCUGCGGUCAUUGAUCUGGGUCUGUCGUCACUGACUGUCAGAUGUGACGUCAGUGACAGCAGCCAGAACAACAUGUCAGCCCUUGUGUCUAUCAUCGUGUCGCGUGCCCCCAAAGGUUCCAGCAACUAUACAGAGCUGGCGUCCUUGAACUCGUUCCUAGGUCACCAGGUGCACCUGCUGACGUCAGAAGAUCUAACUGCCAGCGGCUCUAUUCAAGCCAACGGUCACUCUUUUCUGGACCUGCACUGGGCCCACCCUACAGAUGCCCAGGCUGGACACUACAUGUGUACAGCUCAAGGUCCAGAUUUAGUUGGACACAACAUCUACCUGAUUGCUGAAACUGACGUCACCACCAGACGACCGGGCAGCGACCAGCUCCUGGACAAGAUCCGGCAGCUGGAUCUAGACUUGGCGCUGGCCAAUGACAAACUGGCACAGUUGAACGUGUCACUGGCAUAUGUUGCUCGUGACGUCACCAAGGCGAAUCGGCAGCAGAUUCAGGCACUAGAGACGUGCAACAAUGCAGCAGGAAAUGAAAGACCUAACUGGUUGUUUAGUAAAAACUACGACAGCGGCAACUACUCGUACUCCGUUUCUAAAUACUACUACAGCAACGUCGCAUGGGCUGAGAAUUUGUGUAAUCUUUUCGGCGGUUAUCUGGUUGAAAUCAACGACGCCCACGAAUACAACGUCGUCAAGAAUUUCCUGACUACCACGGGAGACGUGCACUACGUGUACACAGGAGCGUACGAUGAGAUCCAGGAGGGUGUGUACAAGUUCAGACACACCAACACCCCGGCUCAUUUCUUCAGGUGGGCUACAGGUGAGCCUACCAACAGCACCGACUUCAACUGUGUCUACCUGGAAUCUUUCUACGACUGGGAGAUGACGGUCUACAAUUGCUACCUGGAUCUCGAGGCUAGACAAAAAGUCCAUGCUUUGUGUGAGUUCCCAGUCGGAUAAGGCGGAUAGGCUGCCUCGUUCGGCGAUCAUUCAAAUUAAGAAAGCAUAUAGUUAAUAUUUUACAAUGACACAAAUAAAACUGUUUUCAGAAUC